CAAGUCGAUUAACCAGAAAAUGCUGAUCGUACUUUAUUCACUGCUGAUGUUUACAGUGGGGAGAUGCACAGAUGAUCAGAACUUUGUGACAAAGACUGUUGGAGAAGACGUGACUUUGACGUGUACCCGCCAGAAAUCAAACUUGUCCCAAGCAACUCUGUUUUGGAUCAGACUUGUUUCUGGAAACUUUCCUGAAUUCUUGGGAGGAACAUUUGACUUUGAUUAUGAUGGUGUUAAUGAGACUUCUCGCAUUACAGCAAAACAAGAGCCUGGAACCUUUCUUCUCCAUAUUAGUAAAACAAACUUAAGUGACACUGGAGUUUACUACUGUAUAAAAGUAGAUGAACUUGACAUAACAUUUGUGAAAGGAACAUUUCUAAGAAUUAAAGGACCAGAACCAGAUGUCACUGCAGUGAUUCAAGUGCCUCCAUCUGAUCCGGUCCAUCCAGGAGACUCAGUGACUCUGCAGUGUUCAGUCCUCUCUCACUCUGAGAACAAAACAUGCCAAGGAGAACACAGUGUGUACUGGUUCAGAGUCGGAUCAGAUGAGUCUCAUCCCAGUGUCAUUUAUGCUCAUAGAAACAGUGGUGAUGAAUGUCAGAAAAGUCCUGAGACUCGCUAUCCACAGAAAUGUGUCUACAAUUUCUCCAAGAACAUCAGCUCCUCUGAUGCUGGGACGUAUUACUGUGCUGUGGCCACAUGUGGGGAAAUAUUGUUUGGAAAUGGAACAAAACUGGACACUGAAGCACUCAAUAUGUGGGAUUUGCAGAAGGCCAAAAAAGUUAUGUUUCUGUUGUGUGCAGCUUUGGCUAUAAGUCUGAUUGUUAUUGUCUUUCUGAUUUAUAUCAUCAAGAAAACAUCUUGUGGUUGUUGCAACGCUGUCAGUGCUCUGCGAACAAAUGCUGCUACAGCCAGUGGAGAUCAACACAAUCAACAGAGAGAGGAGGAAUCAUUGGCUUAUUCUGCACCAACCUUCACCAAGAGGAAAACUGGCAGAGCAGAGAGAAGCAAUGUAAAAGCAGCAGAUGGAGAGACAAUCUACACUGAUGUCAGGCCUUAUGUGAUGGAUUAACAAUCCACUUUGUGGGGAAAUAUACUUCACAUCAAUUUAACAUCUGAUAUUGGUAGCCAACGUUUUAUAGUUUUAAUGGCAAUGUGCAUUACAUAGCUGUAAUUCUUUCUCUAAGUAUAAUAAAUAAUGCCAGCACUCAAACAGGGUUUUUGAAAGAUUUAACUUGAAAGUGAAAGAGGGGUGAGGAAGGUUUCUUUUCUGUCUCUUUUGUCUGAUUUUAAGACUGUCAAUGCAAUGCAAAUACAAAUUGUUCUGUGUGUAUAUCUGUUACUUCGUUCCUCAAAAUACAAAUUUGCAUUAAAUGAAUAAUUUAAAGUUUAUACA